UGAGACUCUUUCUCUUUCAAGUUAAGCUUAUAAAAAAAACACGAAAGCAGGAAGAAGAAGCUCCAAAGUCAAGGGAGCAAAUCAACCAGUGCUCUUCCUCUGAUUGAUUCACCAAUCGAGAAACCUUCUCCUUCUUCAAAUCCAAUUCCAUUUUCUCUUAUAAAAAAUGAAGUCGAGUUCUCCAAAAUGCAUCCCCGUCGUCUCCACAUUCGCCUCACCCUUCGACGUAACACCUCCGUCCUCCGACUCAACCCGUAAGCCUCUGAGUCUCUGGCCCGGCAUGUACCACUCCCCCGUCACCAUCGCUCUAUGGGAAGCGAGGUCCAAGAUCUUCGAGUCUCUCCUCGAUCCUCCCAAAGACGCGCCUCCUCAGAGCGAGCUUCUCACAAGGACUCCCUCACAUAGCCGAACCACCAUCUUCUACCCUUUCUCCACUGAUUACAUCCUCCGCGAGCAGUACAGAGAUCCCUGGAACGAGGUCCGCAUCGGGAUCUUGCUCGAAGAUCUCGACGCUUUGGCUGGCACUAUCUCCGUCAAGCACUGUUCUGAUGAUGAUAGCACAACGAGGCCGCUCUUGCUGGUCACAGCUUCUGUUGAUAAGAUUGUUUUGAAGAAGCCUAUUAGUGUCGACACUGAUCUCAAGAUUGUUGCUUCUGUCAUUUGGGUUGGCCGCUCAUCCAUCGAGAUUCAACUCGAAGUUAUCCAAUCUGAACUCGAAGAUGUUGAUGCUUCUCCAGAUUCAGUAGCCUUAACUGCCAACUUCAUUUUCGUGGCGCGUGACUCCAAGACCGGUAAAGCCGCACCCAUCAACCGCCUCUCUCCAGAAACCGAGCUGGAGAAGCUUCUAUUCGAGGAAGCUGAAGCUAGGAACAACUUGAGGAAGAAGAAGAGAGGAGGCGAGAGGAAAGAACUCGAGCACGGAGAGUACAACAAGCUCGGGGGUUUGUUAGCUGAAGGAAGGAUCUUCUCCGACAUGCCGGCACUUGCGGACAGAAACAGCAUUCUCCUUAAAGACACCCGUCUCGAAAACUCCCUGAUAUGCCAGCCGCAGCAGAGGAACAUCCACGGCAGGAUCUUUGGAGGUUUUUUGAUGCACAGAGCGUUUGAGUUGGCUUUCUCCACAGCUUAUGCGUUUGCUGGUCUAGUGCCUUACUUCUUGGAAGUUGAUCACGUUGAUUUCCUGAGACCAGUGGACGUUGGGGACUUCUUACGUUUCAAAUCUUGCGUGCUCUACACUCAACUGGAUAAAGUGGAUUGUCCGCUCAUUAAUAUCGAAGUUGUUGCUCAUGUUACAAGCCCAGAGAUUCGUUCCAGUGAGGUUUCGAAUACAUUCUACUUUAAGUUCACUGUACGGCCAGAGGCAAAGGCUAGAAACAAUGGGUUUAAGCUUCGGAACGUGGUACCUGCCACAGAGGAAGAAGCGCGUCAUAUCCUCGAGCGCAUGGAUGCAUGAGCUUUGAACUCUCAAGCAAACAACGAAAGUACACUUAACUAUACUGUAAUGGCUACGUGUAAUAAAAGACUUUGCGUAUCAGGUCUUAUCCUCUGAGACCACAGAUUAACUAGAAAUGUAGAACGCAUUUCUUGUGUAUCUAGAUUAUUUACUAAUAAUAAUUCAAUCAAAGAUUUGGCCUA